AUGAAAUUCAAGCCUCCUCCAAAGCGGAAGAAAGUCGAUCCCGAGUUGUCGUCCAGCACGUCCCAUGGCGAAUCUAUUGUGAACUUACCGUCUGGAAACAGAGACGAAGGUACGAGGAAAGAAGCAGUGGUUCACGAGACUCGAAUGAGCGAAGCCCUCCUAAAGAUUCAACAGGCAAGGAAUUAUGCAGUGGCUCAGGCCCAGCAGGAUUGUUGCGCGGGUAAUUUUAGAAUAUUUGACUCGCCCUUUGGGAAUUAUCUCGUCCCUGUUAUUCCAUCUCGUUCGGAACUCGGUGGAUGA